AACUGGUCCUCUGUUGACAAAAAGAUAAGAACAUGUCCACUGAAUGUCAUACUGAAUAGGGCAGUGUGCAAAACUCCAUGAGGUGCAUAUGAGUGCGUACAGGCUGCAGCAACUAAAGGGUCAUAUUUUGCCUGAAAAUAAGAACACAGCAAUGGCAGGCUCACCUAGUCCUCUGACCACCCAUGUGCUGAACACUGGAAUGGGCGUCCCUGGAUCAAACAUGGCCCUCAGCCUCUAUCAACAAGACCCCUCCACAAGUGCCUGGAAACUGAUAACCACUGGGACCACUAAUGAUGAUGGCCGUUGCCCAGGACUCAUCACAAAACAACAGUUUACAUCUGGUGUGUACAAAAUGCAUUUUGAGACAGCUAAGUACUGGGAAAGUAUGGGAGAGACCUGCUUUUAUCCCUAUGUUGAGAUUGUCUUCACUAUAAAUGACCCUGGCCAAAAGUACCACGUCCCUCUGCUCCUGAGUCGUUUCUCUUACAGCACAUACAGAGGGAGCUAGAGAUCAAAUGUGAUGAAAUCCUGAGGCUACCUCCAUCUAUCAGCUGUCUCAUAUACCAGAAGCAGAGGCAGCUCCACCAGACACAUUCAUCUCAGCACCAGCAGAACUGUCAUACAUAUGGUUCAGAUAAAAUACUCCAUUUCAGUGAUUAAUCCAUUUGAAUAAUUUUGUUGCAUUCAAUCCAACUUUUUUGCAAUUAAAUAAACCAUAUUAAACAAACAUGCAUGUGAAUCCAUCUGCUUAGAUAUUUCUAAACAAAUAUUACUGACUAA